UAUUGUACUUUUCUUCAGACUGACAUUUUUGUUUUAAAUGUUUCUCAUUGAUCUUAUGUAAUAUUAUUUUUUUCUCUAAAUUAUCAGAAAUCACUGUCUCGAAAUGUCAAAAAGUUGCGUUUUCUAUGCGACAUGUUUUUUUUAUUUUUUGAGUCAUUUAAACACCUUUAUGACUCACUGAUGUUAGUAUGGGGUGGAAAAAUCCCUUUAAUUCAUUCUCUAAAGCUAGAUUUAUGACGCUGUCUCCAAAGUUUGAACUAAUUAGUGACAGAAAAACAUUGUUUUCUCGCUCUCUCUCGUGCGCUCAUCCAACCUGCGCGCGCCUCUCCAUCCCUCCCUCUCUUCACUUCAAAGCUGCACUUCAAAGUCAGUCUCCACACACGAGCUGUUCUUUCGCAACAUCCUCGCCAUCAUCACGAUGCCUCGAGGAUUCUUGGUAAAGCGGAACCGCCGAGGUUCGGCGACGUACCGCGCACGAAGCGACGGCACCGGCACACCUGAAGCGCCCAGCUGUGACCGGAGUCGCGCGGAGGCUGAGAGCUACGGUUCAGUGGGACUCUUGAAUCACCUUCCAGGUGGAGCAUCGCUGGAACUCCGCGAGGAUCCGGGCAGGGAGGCGUGGAGCCCCCACGUGGAGCCCGCGGUGGAGGCGGAAGCUGACCGGCGCGCACAGUUACCGGAGGCCGAGGUGGACGUUUUGAGUGUGGACGGUGACUUCCCCUGUUUCUACCCACCUCCACACGAACCGACCAUAAACAAGUCCUGUAGUCCAGUCAAACCAGUGGGAACGAGGCUGCUGGAGCAGCACGUGGAGAGCGAACAGCAGCCGUGCUCCCCGGUACCGGACCUACCGGACCUGCCGUUCCUGGUGAGCGCCGCACCGACCUCCGUGUCCGCUUCCAUCGAGAGGCUGCUCGCAAGCGGCGGCGGCAGCAGCAGCAACAACCGUCUCCACGCGCAGUCCUAUGGUCACAAUGACAAGUACGACCCGAAUCUGGCUCACGUGCACUUGUUCCCGUCUCUGACCCUGAUGGGUCAAGAGAACGCCACAAGAAAGCGCUCGUACCUUGAUUCGGACCACCAGAACAAACUCAGCACUAAGCAGACGAAGAAACCCAAACCGAACCGGAGACAGAACUUCGAGGAUGAGGUCACCACGUCUCCGGUUCUGGGUCUGCGCAUCAAGAAGGAGAGUCCGGAGCUGAGGAGGUCUGCUCCCACCGGGACUCAGCCCCUCGGAGAGUUUAUCUGCCAGCUCUGUAAGGAGGAGUACCCCGACCCCUUCUCCCUCGCGCAGCACAAAUGCUCCCGCAUAGUGCGCGUGGAGUACCGCUGCCCCGAGUGCGACAAGGUCUUCAGCUGUCCCGCCAACCUGGCCUCCCACCGGCGCUGGCACAAACCACGUCCGGUAAACAACCAGGGCAUAGAAGGUCACGCGAACCGGACCCAGCCGCUAAAGGAGGCACGAGCCUUCGUCACGCACGAGCGGCAGCCGGUGGACUUGGAGGGAAAGGAGAAUGAGUUGCUGCGCGCGCACACCAAUCAGCACCUGGACAGCUCCCGCGUGCUGCUGCUCCACGGUCGGACCCGAGACACUCCCGAUUCCUCCUCCACUCACUACCGGAACCCGGACCUGCAGCAGCACGUGAGAGCCGCGGACAGCCCUCCGUCCGGACUUCUGCGUCUGACCCCGGGCGAGCAGCAGCAGCAGCAGCCGCCGCUGACCUUCGUCCGGUCCUUAGCGGAGGAGGAACUGUACGAGUGCCGCUACUGCGGGAAGAAGUUCCGCCGGCAGGCUUACUUGAAGAAACACCUGGCCGCGCACGAGAUGACAGCGCGCGCUUCACCAACCCCAUCGUCCUACAGCCAAGCGCGCGACACCGGCAGUGUCCAGAGCGGCCAGGUGUUCCUGUGUCACCUGUGCGGCGCGCGGUUCCCGUCGGUGGAAAUCCGAGACAAGCACCGCGUGUGGCACGCGAUGAGGGACGAGCUGCUGGCGGAAACGCUGGGGGGAGCGCUGGCAGCGGACGGGUUCCACGCGCACAGAGAGGAGGGCAGCGGCAGGGAGCGCGAGCAGCAACAGAUCUUCACGUGCAAGUACUGUCCGUCCACGUUCUUCAGCUCCCCUGGGCUCACGAGACACAUCAACAAGUCUCACCCCACCGAGAAUCGACAGGUGAUGCUGCUGCAGAUGACAGUACGACCAUAAAAAAUGAUCAGACUGAUCGAUUACCAAUGACAGGAGCCAAACUUAAAUGUAGAUUUUGUUUUGUGUAUUCGGACUAAGCUGUCCCUGUGCCUUUAAUUUAAAACUUAAUUCCGUUUUUCUGAUUAACACGGUAAAGUAAUCUUCAAUUAUAUAUCCUGUAAUGAAACGCAAGGCAUUAAAAUCUACGUGGAGAAAUUUAAAUAGAAUUGAGGGUCGCUGUCCUUGGUGCUGAAACAGCCAAUAAACCGGUAUGGACUUUGAAGCAAUUCCUUAUUAAGUUGAUAGAAAAAAAAAUUACGGUAACGUGUUUUGAUAAAGUUUCAGCUCUAUGAUAUUUUCAUACAGAAACAAAGCAUUCAAUGUAACAGAUUGCUACAUAAUUCAUAUCAGUAUUGAUUUUAAAAAUGACUAUGGAGUUAGAAAUACAACCGAAGCUCCUAGAAGCUUGUACAGAUCUAUUUUAAUAUGUUCUACGUUCACUGUGUAACUGAUUCCAAGCUACUGUCAAUAAACAUAUUGAUGAUCA